AUGCCAUCAAAUACAGGUAGACCAAACAUAUUUUCGAUACAAAUGUUGCUGUUAGUAGCUACUACAAUGAUUAUCGCUGGAUCUACAAGUUCUGAAUACGAAGAUGCUCAAAAUUUGCACGCAUUUUUAAUGGCAAAUUAUUCCAGGAUACUGACACCACGUUUUAAUCAAAGUGAAUCUGUCGACGUUAUCUUAAGUUUGUUUCUUAACUCUGUCAUUGAUUUUCAUCCUGUAUCUGGAGUUAUGACAUUUAGUGCAGCUUUUAUUAUUAAAUGGAGAGAUGAAAUUAUUGAAGAUAGAUGGCAAAACUCCGGUUAUGUGGAUAUCAAUGUGACAAAGAUUGCUAUGCAUAAUGUAUGGCUCCCUAAAAUUUAUAUUCGUAACAUAGCAAAUAUUGGCUCUGUCUACCAGUUCUUAAGUACUGUGGAUAGUGAAAUGUCAUUUGUAACAUAUACACGUACCGGUGAAGCAAUAAUGACGUGUUUAGCGGUUUUACAGACCAUGUGUCAAACGGAUGUGACGUUUUACCCAAUAGAUGAACAUACCUGUGAUAUUACUAUGAUUACCAUUAAUGAUUAUCAGGCUAUCAAUUUACAAACAACUGAUGAAGAUGUUGUGAACGAGUUAACGUAUCAGAAUUCGGAAUGGACUUUAACGUCAGUGGUUACAGCCAGUUGUUCUGAUAAAUUUUCCGAGGUUAAUUUUGCUGUGAAUUUGACAAGAAAACCAGUAUUUUUUGUUACAAAUUUGGUGUUCCCCAUUAUGAUCAUAACUGUGGUGAAUGGACUGUCAUUUUUUGUUCCUAUUGAAUCUGGUGAACGAUUGUCAUUUGGAACAAGUCUUUUACUAAUGUUUAUUGUGUUUUUGACAACAGUUAUUGACGUUCUACCAUCAACAGAUAAUGAACUGUCAUAUUUUAAUAUUUUCGUAUUUAUAGAGUUGAAUUAUAGUUGCUUCAUAGUUUUCGGUAUAAUAAGUACACUCUUUCUGUAUCAUCGUUCAACUACAAAGAAAGUUCCGAAAUUACUUAAAAGAAUCACUUUGUAUGUGUUAAAAAUACACAAAACGCUUCCAGUAAAUAUUGAUACCAUUUCAAAUAUGAACACACCAAGCACAAAUUGUACUAAACUGAUGGACCUUCAUGAACAAGGAGAUGAUAACCAGAUCGAAUCCGUGAACGAUGAACAUAUGAAACCGAAAGUUAGCUGGAGAGAUGUUAGCAUAGCUUUAGAUAAAGUUUUAAAAACUAUAACAACGUUUUUUACGGUAUGUUUGCUUCUUGUUUUUAUUUUAUUUCAUAUCUGGAUAGAAAUAAGAACUAAAAGAUGA